GUGGCGGUUCUGCUGGCGAAGGGGAGGCUGCUGAGAAGCUGGAGGAAGGCGACGCGCAGCCACGGUGGGGGAAAUCCGAGGCUCCGGCUGGGAAACCAUGGGGAGAUGCAAUGGGAGAUGUACGCUGGUUGGAUUCUGCUGCCUGCAGCUGAUAGCGGCGCUGGAGCGGCAGAUCUUUGAUUUCCUGGGCUACCAGUGGGCGCCCAUCCUGGCCAAUUUUUUACACAUCAUGGCUGUCAUCCUGGGCAUCUUCGGGACCAUCCAGUACCGAUCCAAAUACCUCAUCAUGUACGCGGUGUGGCUGGUGCUGUGGGUCGGCUGGAACGCCUUCAUCAUCUGCUUCUACCUGGAGGUCGGGCACUUGUCGCAGGACCGGGACUUCAUCAUGACCUUCAAUACCUCACUGCACCGCUCGUGGUGGAUGGAGAACGGGCCGGGCUGCCUGGUGACGCCGGUGCUGAACUCCAAGCUGGCGCCCGAGGACCACCACGUCAUCACGGUCAGCGGCUGCCUGCUGGACUACCAGUACAUCGAGGUGGUCAGCAGCGCCGCGCAGAUCUUCCUGGCGCUCUUUGGCUUCGUCUACGCCUGCUACGUCAGCAAAGUGUUCCUGGAGGAAGAAGACAGCUUCGACUUCAUCGGCGGGUUUGACUCCUACGGCUACCAGGCGCCCCAGAAGACGUCGCACCUACAGCUACAGCCGCUGUACACGUCCGGGUAACCCCAUGCCCUGAAUCCACCCCGGCCGGCGUGGGACAGGACCCCUGGGAGCCGCCCGUCCCCAGCCCGACGCCACCACCACCGCCCCGGGGGACGGGGACCACACCAAGCCGCUUCCCCCCGCCCUCCUCCCGCUGCUGGGGGGGGCCCCGCACCCCAAAACCGGAGCCGAGCGGGGGCUUGAGCAAGUCCAAGGGCUCCACUGCCGGGUCGGCUCCCCGAGCAGACGGCUGCAAGGCCACGACAUCUCCAGGUCGCCCACGAAAGACCUGAGGAAGCCCCCGGUGCUGCAGCACCCAGCUCGUGCUGUGCCCGAGCCCCCUGGGAUGGGCCAGCACGGUGGGGACGUGUCGGGGAUGUGGGGACACAGUGGGGACGUGGGCUCGGUCAGCGGACACCGUUUUCUUCCAUUUCUCAGACCUGGUUUUUAAUUGGAGCAGCGCGUCCUCUUCCUGCGUGCCGGGCAGGGAUGAAGCACAGGGGAUUUGGGGCAAAACCCAGCCUGUUUGGAGCAGCUCGGACCUGCGGGGGAUAACUACAGCGUGGUGGCAGCGUGGCAUGAGCAGGGCUGCUCCGUCACUGUCCCGUGAAGAACUUCCUAAAGCACUGGAUUUGGAGCUGGGAUGGCACAGAGCUGGGCUCUCAUUCCCAAAAGGUGCCCAUAGCCGCACCGAGGGGGCUGGGGCUGGGCUGCCCGCGGUGCCACCACCCCCCCGGACCCUCGGGGACAUCGCGCCCUGCUGCCAGCCACCACCUCCUGCCCGUCCGGACGCUGCCACGAGUUGGGGUUUCUGCCCCCGCCACUCGAACGCUUGAAUUUGGCAAUACCGACGCUGCUCUUGACACGGCCCUUUCAGGCUGUUUUAAUGAAUAUAAUGAAUGUUUUUUUUUCUUUUUCUUUUUUUAAUUUGAAGUGCCUGAGUACACUUUUGUUGAGCACCACCCGUGUCACAGCAUACUCGCGCCUUCCUCCUCCUCGCAGCCCGAGGCCACGUUGUGCCUUCAGCGAAGGCUGGCAGCGCCCGCUGCCCCCCUUGGAUCCUCGGCUGCUCUUCUGUCCCCUGCCCCGGCACGUCGGGCUUUUGGGGGCAAAUCCGUCCACUCUGGCAUCAUCUCAAAUGGGGCUUUUUGUUACGGCAGCGAAAAAGUGGUGAGAGAUGAUCUGGGAGAGGGGGGAAUGGUUUGGGGGGAGGCGAGGUGUGAGCUCCAUGGGGGCAGUUGCGUCUCUGUUGAAGAUUAAGAAAAGCUGGGAGUAAAAAAGCCUGGAAUACCCUGCAAACAACGUUCAGUUGAAGAAGAUGCUGCAGGUCACCAAUGCACUCUGGUUUCACUCUCCUUUUCCUGCCCUGUGACAUGGAGGUGAGUUAAGGUCGGUCCCAGACCCCCCGGGUUUGUCCCCAAACCACGCGGGCACCUUUGGCUACGAGCAGGGGUCACGGAGCUGCGCUGUUUCUGCCUCCCCAGGGCUUCUCCUCCAGGCCUGGCCUCUGUCCAUGCCCUGGAGCAAUUUUUCCCUUCCAAAAAUAAAAAAUAAAAAGCAGCCACCAAGUGCCAAAGGACGGAGCGCAGAAGGGAAACGCUGCCCUAACCCAAAUCCUCGGGGUGGGCGCAUCCCGGCCAUCCCCGUCACCUCGCCCCAGCCAGGGUGGGAGCUCCGCAGGCAAUAACUCCGAGCCUUCCCCCCCUCCAAGACAAAAAAAAACACCAACAUUUUCCAGGCAUUGGAGCCCACCUCCGGCCCCAUCCACUCGUCCCCAGAGCCACGUCCCAGCGCUGGUGACCCCGGGGGACAGCAGCAGCCCCGGGGGGGACGGCCCCCACCCCAGCACCGCCGGUGCUCCGCGGUCUUCUUUCCGUUGGCUUGUUUUUUUAUAAGACUGUCUUUGUAACGUGAACCGAGGAUUUCUUUUCUAUUCUGUAAUUAUAAAAGUCGAAGGAGUUUCACCCGAA